UGCUUAUGCUUCUCUUCUCGAUUCUUACUGCUAAUUGGUUCAUCACUGCUGCUAUUACGGCAAUUGAUGAAUCUUAAUUCGUUGUUAUGAUGCAAAAUGAGGAGAACUUGUAUAUGAUUCUCUCUGGUUGAGCGGAAUAUAUUCUUCCGACAUUUACAUUGACAGUGCACUGACGACGCUAGAAAUUAAGUUCAUUUUCUCCAGAUUCAUUCACCGAUUGUUAUGAUUUUGCUAACAAUUCAAAAAGAAGACAAAAUGUGCAAAAUGGCAGGUUCCGAGCAUGUGUACUCUCUGGACGAAGCACUUGCUACGGUCGGAUUUGGCAAAUACCAAGGUCUGAUGCUAGCUUAUGGAGGACUUGGUUAUAUUGCUGAUGCAAUGGAGAUUAUGAUUCUCUCGUUUAUUGGAGCAGCAGUUGAAUCGGAGUGGCAUCUAUCUCCUAGUGAGAAGAGCUUGAUAUCAACUGUGGUCUUCGCAGGGAUGUUGGUCGGGUCGUAUUUUUGGGGUGUCAUAUCAGAUGCUUAUGGACGAAAGAAGGGAAUCCUAGGUCUUGCCACUUUUACAUCUGUUGCUGGGCUAUUAAGUGCUUUUUCCCCAAAUUACAUGUCAUUGCUCGUACUUCGUUGCCUAGCUGGAGUCGGUCUUGGGGGUAUGCAUACCUUCACCACAUGGUUUUUGGAAUUCAUCCCGGUACCAAACAGAGGUGUCUGGAUGAUUGUCUUUUCAAGUUUCUGGACAAUCGGAACAAUAUUCGAGGCCGGUCUUGCAUGGAUUGUCAUGCCUAAUUUUGGCUGGAGGUGCUUACUCGCAAUUUCUUCUGGACCUUGCUUCAUCGUACUUCUCUUGUACUGUUUAGUACCAGAAUCUCCAAGGUUUUUAUGUAUGAAAGGGAAAUUUAAAGAGGCUCAUCAUAUUCUGCAAAAAGCAGCACACUUUAAUGGGACAACGCUCCAAAACGGGACACUUGUUCUUGAUCAUAUCAAGGAUGAUAACGAGCUUGCAGCACCAGAAGAUGCCCCUUUGCUGUCCCCGAUAGUAGAUGAAGCAGACAACUACAAAGGCAGCCCAUCUCCCUCAUCACUUCUUCUCCUCUUUUCUCCAAAAUUAAUUAGAACUACCCUUGCUCUAUGGUUUCUAUAUUUUGGGAAUACCUUCUCAUACUAUGGUGUUAUACUGCUGACAUCUGAACUGAGCAGUGGUGGAAGUCAGUGUACCCCAACCAUGUUGCACUCAGAGAAAAACGAAAACGCAAGCCUUUAUCUAGAUGUUUUUAUUACUAGUUUGGCAGAGGUUCCUGGUCUCAUUGUAGCAGCCUUCAUCGUGGACAGAGUCGGUCGCAAACUUUGCAUGAUAAUCAUGUUUGUGGUGGCUUCAAUUCUACUUAUCCCGCUAUUAACUCGUCAGAAUGAGGCUACCACCACAGCUCUGAUGUUUGGAACUCGUGCAUUAGUUUCAGCAACGUUCAUAGUUGCUUGUAUUUAUGCCCCAGAGGUAUAUCCAACUAGCAUAAGGGGGAACGCUGUUGGACUAACGUCUGCUGUCGGGAGAAUUGGAGGCAUGAUCUGCCCCCUCGUAGCAGUAGCACUGGUUGCUAAUUGCCAGCAGAUAUAUGCAGUUAUUCUUUUCCAGGUUGUGAUUCUUGGCUGUGCUCUCAGCGUCGUCCUCUCCCCGUUUGAGACGAAGGGUAGGAACUUGGUCGACAUUCUUGAGAGUGAAUGAUUGUUCAUAUCAGUUAGAUAAUAUAUGUUCAUGUGAUGUGAUGAUUGUUGUAGACGUUAAGUGUAAGGUCUUGCAGUUAAUUACUUAUGCUGCAGAAUGUGGAAAUAAAUAAAAUUGCAGAAGAUUUAUAUAUAACGCCCCUCUCUAUUUCUCUGUA